UUAAUAUUUCAAAAUAUUAUUCAUAUUUUCCCAUUAGUUCGAUUGUACUCGGCCAAUAUUUCAAGUGUUACUUUGCAACUUCGCUACACUUCGUAGUUCUAUAGGAUUGUACUCUUAUUUUUACGAACCUCCCUAGCUGUAAAAUGUUUCUUUUUAUGAAGCAGUUUUGAUUAAAUGCUUCCUUCGUCAGCGGUGAUAUUUCUUUGAAAUCACACAUUCAUUUUUCGGUUAAUUGAAUCAAAAUGCCGCAGAAUGAGUACAUGGAAAGGCACCGUAAACUGUACGGUCGCCGACUCGACUAUGAAGAACGUAAACGUAAAAGAGAAGCUCGUGAACCUCAUAAACGGGCUGAAAAAGCUCGUCGAUUACGUGGUCUGAAAGCUAAAUUAUUCAAUAAAGAAAGACGCAAUGAGAAGAUACAAAUGAAGAAGAAGAUCAAAGAACAUGAAGAAAAAUUGAACAAACGUAAAACUGAGAAACCGAAAGAAGGAAACUUACCCGUAUAUCUACUCGAUCGAGAUGUUCAAUCGUCUGCCAAAGUUCUAUCUAAUAUGAUUAAACAGAAACGAAAAGAAAAAGCAGGCAAAUGGGAUGUUCCUAUACCAAAAGUGAGAGCCCAAGCAGAUGCCGAAGUAUUCAAAGUUCUCCGUUCUGGUAAAAGUCGACGUAAAGCGUGGAAACGAAUGGUCACCAAAGUUACUUUCGUUGGAGAUGCGUUUACCAGAAAACCACCGAAAUUUGAACGUUUCAUUAGACCGAUGGCUUUACGAUUUAAUAAAGCUCACGUUACUCAUCCUGAAUUAAAGACGACAUUUUAUUUACCCAUUUUGGGAGUGAAAAAGAAUCCUAGUUCUCCUACACAUACAAAUCUUGGAGUCAUUACUAAAGGAACAGUCAUCGAAGUUAAUAUUAGUGAAUUAGGUUUAGUCACUCAAAGUGGUAAAGUUGUAUGGGGUAAAUAUGCACAAGUGACGAAUAAUCCCGAAAAUGACGGAUGUAUUAAUGCGGUUUUAAUUGUUUAAUUUAUAAUUACGUUCUUUGUAUUAUUGAGAUAAUAAAUUUUCAUUUUUAAUA